CUGACCCGGCAGUAGACGGGCCAGUCUCGGCUUCUCUCCUCUGCGCGCUGGGCUCCGAUGUCGGGGGUGUCUGUGACCGCAAGAAAUGGACUCGGGCAAUGCACGAAUUUGAUCAGUCGCACAACCGAUCAGCUGAGUCUGUGAAUGGCGCCAAAACAGGACCCUAAACCUAAAUUUCAAGAAGGUGAAAGAGUCCUGUGCUUUCAUGGGCCAUUGCUCUACGAGGCAAAGUGUGUGAAGAUCAGCAUAAAGGAUAAGCAGAUUAAAUACUUCAUUCACUACAGCGGAUGGAACAAAAACUGGGAUGAAUGGGUUCCUGAAAGCAGAGUUCUCAAAUAUGUGGACAGCAACCUUGCGAAACAAAAAGAGCUUCAAAAGGCCAAUCAGGACCAUUAUGUCGAGGGAAAGAUGAGGGGUUUAGCACCAAGUAAGAAGAUUGCUGCUGUGCAGCAGAAAAAUGUCGAUCUGAAAGUGAAAAAGGCCAAACAGAAGACCCCAGGGCCGGGUGAAGGUACGAGCAGCGGAGAAGCAGCCCAGGGCCCACGGAAGAAGAGGGCUCGGGUCGAUCCCACUGUGGAGAGUGAGGAAAUGUUCACCAACCGCGUGGAGGUGAAGGUGAAGAUCCCCGAGGAGCUGAAGCCCUGGUUGGUGGAUGACUGGGACCUCAUCACACGACAGAAACAGUUAUAUCAUCUUCCUGCUAAGAAGAACAUAGAGACUGUUUUGGAGGACUAUGCAAACUACAAGAAAUCAAAAGGAAACUCAGACAAUAAGGAGUACGCCGUAAACGAAGUGGUGGCAGGGAUUCGCGAGUACUUCAACGUGAUGCUCGGCACGCAGCUGCUGUACAAGUUCGAGAGGCCGCAGUACGCCGAGGUCCUGGCUGAGCACCCAGACAUUCCGAUGUCACAGGUUUACGGAGCUCCACACUUGCUGCGCCUAUUUGUUCGUAUUGGAGCCAUGCUGGCCUACACGCCCCUGGACGAGAAGAGUCUGGCUUUGCUGCUCGGUUACCUCCAAGAUUUCCUCAAGUACCUGGUGAAGAAUUUCUCCACCCUGUUCAGUGCCAGUGACUACGAGGUCGCACCCCCAGAGUACCACCGCAAGGCUGUUUGAGAGCUCUCAGCCCACAGCGCUCCGUCUGAGGCACGUCAUCCCCCGUCUCCCUGAACAAAUGUACAAUAACCAUCACUACCCUUUAAGUGCAGACUUGGAUUAGAUUUUUCACUUGAAAUGAUGCACUUCCUCCUCGAACGGUCUCAGGAGCUUGUCACAAUUGAGAGGUCAAAUAUUUGAGGUUUUGCUGAACCUCACUGGACCUUUCUCUUUUUUUUAUUUUUUUCUCCCUUUGUCCUUAUUCUCUCACUUCUUUGAAAAAGACACAAGAAAAAAAAAGUUUCACUGUUGAAAAGUUGUUGUUUCCACAACCAAAUCUCUUGUGUUAUUGGUGCAUUCCAUCUGAUAUUUGUUAUUGUUGCAUGCGUGUAUUUAUUUGUAGUGUAGUUUUUCUUCUGCCACAUGAGGUGCAAUUUAAUGCUGGACCACAUGGUCAGCGUUCAGCAGUCAAUGUUUUUGUAUCAUUAUCUUGUGUAUUUGUAUCGAUUUGUAAAAAAAAAAGGAAAAAAGUUUCUACACAA